AUGAGCUUCUAUUCUAAUCUUCCCAGUAUUCAGAAUAAUGAUUCAUCGAAUUCUGUCUACCCAACAAUAUAUGAACCUAUUUCAUCUUCGGAGAUUGAUGAACUAGUACCUUACUCUGUUAGAUAUAUACUGACUAACUACUGGAUCACAAGAUAUCCUAAUUGGUAUACGUUACAAGUGAACAAUUAUUUCGAUGAAUGGUUUAAUCUUGGGUUGAAAGGGUUAAUUGAAUGGCACCAUAUAGACAAAUAUAAUUCAACCUUUAUUGACAAAUUCUACGGUUUACAAAGAUUUAAUGCAGAAAAUAAGGUUUUACUUAAAUCUCAUGUUAAAGACAAUUCUAUCGAUAAGAAAUGGCCUUUAGGAUUGCAAUUAACGAAGUUACAGAAACGAGCACUAUUCAUUGAACAAAUUGUAUUUCCAUAUUUUAGAACUAAAUUAGAUCAUUAUCAUGAUACACUAACCCAUUUAGUUAUUCAAAAUGAGGAAGGCACUGAAAUGGUUCCAGGAUUAAGCAAAUACAUGAAGGUACUAUUUCGGAAAUUUUAUCCUAUUAUAAAAAGGUGCUUUCAAAUAUUCAAUUUACUUAUUAAGUUGAAAUUUUUAGCAGGCAAAACUGGCUCGCUGUCUUUGAUUGAUUAUUUGUUUAAUAUUGCAUAUUCAAGGGCAUUAUUUCCCUUGGAAUCUAAAAAUAGAUCACUUACACAGAAUAUCGGCAGGCAUAAUAGAGAAAGGUUACAGAGACAAAAUUAUUAUAAAUUUAGAAGUAAUUUUAAUGAAAAUUUCACUGAUACAUUAUCUGUUCUGUCAUAUCUUGGGACCAAAGUAUUUCCUACCUUUUUAUUUACUUUAAGAAUAUAUCAAUGGUGGACUGCCGAAAAUAUAUCUUCGAAAAUUGAAAGGAAACUUAAUAAUAUUGAUAGAGCUAUACCAAGACCCCCUUUGACUGAAUCCAAUUUGCAACAAAAUAGAAAAUCAGCAGAUAAGUGUCCCGUCUGCAAAGAUAAAAUUCAAAAUCCCUGUGUAAUAGAAACAGGUUAUGUCAUGUGUUAUCCUUGUGCUUUAGAUUAUAUUACUCAGCAUGAAGGAAGAUGUCCAGUCACUAACAAAAAACUGCUUGGAUGUAAAUACAACAGUUUAACCAAAAAUUGGAACAUAGUAAAUGGUAUUCGUAGACUCAUUAUCUAA